ACUCACAUUGGUAUGAGCCGUUUAGCACGCUGACUGGAAACAUGUGGCUGUGUUUUUAACCGGCUUGUCAUGUAGAGAACUAUAUCAAGGCUUUUGAUGAAUAAACCAGUGAUAUAGUAUGCAAAACGACUGAGAAGCAAUAAAACACAGUUGUUGCAUCGACAGACGGGAACGGAAAGGCCUUUUACGGGCUUUCUGGAUCAGACAGGUGAAGCCUGCGCUCUGUUAUCUUCUAACUGUUCGAGAUAAUACCCAGUGUGCUGAUUGGUGGUGACCAUGAGGAAGUGUAAGAACUGUGGGGGGACGGACAUUGAUGUGGACCAGGCCCGGGGUGAUGCCGUGUGCAUGGGCUGCGGCUCGGUGCUGGAAGACAACAUCAUCGUUUCAGAGGUAACCUUCGUGGAGAACAGUGGAGGAGGAUCGUCCGCCGUUGGACAGUUUGUUGCUGGUGACUCAUCUGGAAAUGUGCCAUCAUUGGGAGGAAACUUCCAAACUGGGGUUGGGAGGGAGUCCCGAGCUGCCACUCUGCAGAAUGCUAAGCGACAGAUAAACCAUCUUGGGCAUCAGCUUCAAAUGAAUCAGCACUGUCUGGACACUGCCUUCAACUUUUACAAGAUGGCCCUCUGCAAGCAUCUGACCAGAGGACGCAGAUCAUCCCAUGUCAUCGCCGCCUGUCUCUACCUCGUCUGCCGAACUGAGGGAACACCUCACAUGCUGCUGGACUUGAGUGACCUCCUGCAAGUGAAUGUGUAUGUUUUGGGAAAAACUUUCCUUGUUUUAGCCAGAGAGCUGUGUAUCAACGCACCAGCUAUUGAUCCAUGUCUAUAUAUCCCGCGCUUUGCACAAAUGCUGGAAUUCGGAGAGAAGAGCCAUGAGGUUUCAAUGACGGCACUGCGUCUCCUGCAGAGGAUGAAGAGAGACUGGAUGCACACGGGACGAAGACCUUCAGGCCUCUGUGGAGCAGCGCUCUUGGUUGCUGCCCGUAUGCACCAGUUCCGUCGCACAACUAAGGAAGUGAUCAGUGUGGUGAAAGUCUGUGAAGCCACACUUAGGAAAAGGUUGAAUGAAUUUGAGGAGACGCCAACCAGUGAGCUGACAAUUGAAGAGUUCAUGCGGGUGGAUCUGGAGCAGGAGUGCGACCCGCCCUCUUACACAGCUGGACUCAAGAAGCAAAAGCUAAAACAGAUUGAGCAAGAGCUUGCAAAGAAAGUUGAUGAUAUUGAAGGUGAAAUCUGUGGAUAUCAGGAUGAGAUUGAAGUUGAGCUGGAGAGCUGUAGGCCCAAAGCCAGGGGGAUUUAUGCAUACCGUUCCAAAGAUGAUGAUGCGAUUUCCUUGGCAUCAUCCAGCAUCCUUGCUGGUGAUGAGGAAGAAGAGGAUGAAGAGCUGAGGGCAGCAGCAUCUCACCUGUGCAGUACUAUAUGUGGAGAGGAUGGAGAUGGCAAUAAGCAGGAUGGAGAUGGAGAGAAAGUUUCUCCAAAUAAACGACCCUCUUUAGCAUUACUGCUUGGAGCGCUUCCCACUGCGGCCAGUUUGGGCCUGCCAGAGUCCAUCACCAAAAUGAGAGAGGAAAAGGAGAAUGGUAGGAGUGUGCUUGUAUUUUCAAACUGCAUAAAAGCUUAAACCACUUUAAUUCCA